CCACCGCUAAAUCUUGUUAGUCAGUAUUGAAUACGAUUUUCAAGGAAGCAGAACAUUUUUAAAAUUUCGGUCUAAAUCUAACGCGUCGUGUUCUCCCAGAUCGCUAAGAACAUAAAAAUACAUACGUAUAUAUUUGUAUGUGCAUUUAAAAAAAUACAUUUACCAUAUUGUCAUUCCAAGAGAUACUGACAAAAGUUCAGAGACAUCCAAUUGAUUGCCAAAUCCUUAAAAACAUUGAUUUUUAGUGUACACGCAUAGCAAAAAAAACCUUAGAACUCCCAAGAAGGCAUUUCUGCAAACUUGUUGAAUAUUUUUAGUCGCAAUAGAUUUUCUUAAGUGUGCCAUCGCGAUGGCUGCACCAGCAGCCUGUACGCGUUUUUCGGACAACUACGAUAUCAAAGAAGAGCUGGGAAAAGGGGCAUUCUCAAUAGUAAAAAGAUGUGUCCAAAAGUCUACUGGAUUUGAAUUUGCAGCAAAAAUUAUAAAUACAAAAAAAUUAACGGCCAGAGACUUUCAAAAACUGGAACGUGAAGCAAGGAUCUGCAGAAAAUUACACCAUCCCAACAUAGUACGAUUGCAUGACAGUAUACAGGAGGAAAACUAUCACUACCUUGUUUUUGACCUUGUAACUGGUGGUGAACUUUUCGAAGAUAUUGUUGCACGCGAAUUUUAUUCAGAGGCUGAUGCAUCACAUUGUAUUCAACAAAUAUUGGAAUCGGUCAAUCACUGUCACCAAAAUGGUGUGGUGCAUCGAGAUCUGAAACCAGAGAAUUUACUAUUAGCUAGUAAGGCAAAGGGUGCAGCAGUGAAACUCGCUGACUUUGGUCUAGCCAUUGAAGUUCAAGGCGAUCAUCAGGCUUGGUUCGGAUUUGCCGGGACUCCAGGAUAUCUGUCGCCAGAGGUAUUAAAAAAGGAACCCUAUGGAAAAUCGGUAGAUAUAUGGGCAUGUGGUGUUAUUCUUUAUAUUCUUCUGGUCGGCUAUCCGCCAUUUUGGGACGAAGAUCAGCACCGACUGUACUCCCAGAUUAAAGCAGGGGCUUAUGAUUAUCCGUCUCCAGAAUGGGAUACAGUCACCCCAGAAGCAAAAAAUCUUAUCAAUCAAAUGCUCACGGUAAAUCCUAAUAAAAGAAUAACCGCAGCCGAGGCUUUAAAGCACCCUUGGAUUUGUCAACGAGAGCGUGUUGCUUCCGUUGUACAUCGCCAAGAAACCGUCGACUGUCUCAAGAAAUUUAAUGCACGUCGUAAGCUAAAGGGAGCCAUACUUACAACAAUGUUAGCAACUAGAAACUUUUCAAGCAGAAGUAUGAUUACCAAAAAAGGUGACGGAUCUCAGGUCAAGGAAUCAACUGAUUCUUCUAGCACUACUCUUGAAGAUGAUGAUAUUAAAGAAGAUAAAAAAGGAGUCGUUGAUCGCAGUACCACAGUCAUAUCAAAAGAGCCAGAAGCUUUGAACCUUCUGCAUUUGGAGUAAAUGCUUUAACAACAAAAAAUUAUAAUAAAAUUGUUUUAGUUCCAAUUAAUUUAGCAAUUAAGGUUUACCGGUCGUGAAAUAUUUUGGGAUAAAUAUAAGGCACGUUAAGAUCACAUAAGUGUGUUCGUAAAACUCUUGUUUAAACUAAACAUGACAGAGUUAAGAGUAGAGAAGAUAAAAAGUAAAAAAAAAAUAAAAAGAAAUUUUUUAAAUCACUAACAUGAUCAUUUUAAUCAUUUUUUGAAACUACAUUUUAUGCAAAAUAACUUUCCAAGGGUUAAGCUAGUUUCCGUCGUUGACAACCAUUUGUCAUUCGUUCAAUUAAAAUUUAAAAAAAAUUUUAAAUAAGAAUUUUAUUUAGAUUGUCAAUUUUUUUAAAGUUGGGAAAUUGAAUGCGUGUAAGUCAGAACGCCCGUUUCCACUACCAAAAGUCACAUAUAUUUUCAUGUAGGAAAAGUCCUCAUCAUAGAAUUCAAUCUGAUAAUUUUACCAAAACUGAAAAAAUUACGGAAAUAACCGAAAAAAGGUACGAGUCUUCAAAUUUUUAAGAAACUUGCCUUAUACUGCGAACCUCUCCACUAAAAACCCUGUUCUCGGUACAUACUCAUAAUCAGAAAUAGCUAUACCCAAUACCUUCCCUCUAUCAUAUAGAUAUUAUUUAUGAAAAUCAGUAGCCGAUUGAAUGCUGAAAUCUAUAAGGAACUAAAACAUUAACUAUAAAACUGUGCUGUCCAUAAUGUAAAUUUUUUGUUCGUAAUUUUUAAGAACUUAAGGUUAUAAUGGCGAAACCAGGGGGCACUAGUAAAGUUGUACACGACGUUUUUGACAGAUUACCAGGUAUUUAAUAGUCGCAGUACGGUUCUAAAGCGUUUGUCUUGUUUUAAUUUAAACUUUUGUUUAUGAAAGACUAUGAUAAUAUAAGGUCUACAUUAAAACAUUUGAAAUAUUUUAUCAGACAAAUUGCGAUUGGACUUAAGCUGUUUAAAAUUUGGGCGAUAUGUUAAUAGGUAUGUUUCCAUUGUUGGCGAAAUAAAUUAUUAAAUAACAAACAAGCA